AUGGGGAACUGGCGAUCCUCGCUGUCUUCUCAGGGUCACACAUUUAAUAAUAGCCAACAUAUUUUGUGCCAGGCACUGCUGCUGCCUGUCAACACUUUGAUGAGCCCAGACUCAGUCUCUCAUCUGGGUAUCACAUCUUUAACCAGUCCCUUUUUCUGUUUUCUUUCCAGGAUCCCAGCUGGCUACUGCUUUGUAGAAUUCGCAGAUUUGGCCACAGCUGAGAAGUGUUUGCAUAAAAUCAACGGGAAACCCCUUCCAGGAGCCACACCUGCAAAACGUUUUAAACUGAACUAUGCCACUUAUGGGAAACAGCCAGAUAACAGCCCCGAGUACUCCCUCUUUGUGGGGGACCUGACCCCAGAUGUGGAUGAUGGCAUGCUGUAUGAAUUCUUCGUCAAAGUCUACCCCUCCUGUCGGGGAGGCAAGGUGGUUUUGGACCAGACAGGAGUGUCUAAGGGCUAUGGUUUUGUGAAAUUCACAGAUGAGCUGGAACAGAAGCGAGCCCUGACAGAGUGCCAGGGAGCAGUUGGACUGGGGUCUAAACCAGUGCGUCUGAGUGUGGCGAUCCCUAAAGCGAGCCGUGUGAAGCCAGUGGAAUAUAGUCAGAUGUACAGUUACAGCUACAACCAGUAUUACCAGCAGUACCAGAACUACUAUGCCCAGUGGGGCUAUGACCAGAACACAGGCAGCUACAGCUACAGUUAUCCCCAGUAUGGCUAUACCCAGAGCAUCAUGCAGACAUAUGAAGAAGUCGGAGAUGAUGCAUUGGAAGACCCCAUGCCACAGCUGGAUGUGACUGAGGCCAACAAGGAGUUCAUGGAGCAGAGCGAGGAGCUGUACGACGCGCUGAUGGACUGCCACUGGCAGCCCCUGGACACAGUGUCUUCAGAGAUCCCUGCCGUGAUGUAGCCAGGACAAGGCACAAGCCAGAGUGGGCUUUGUGAGGGAGCUAAGAGACUCCUUUUUUAAAAAAAGAUUACUUCAAGAACUUUUACCUUUUUUGAAAUUUGUAAGAUUUUAGUAAUCAACUGUUUCCUGAAAUUAUGAAUA